AUGGCGGCGCCCAUCCUGAGAGGCGUGAGAGGUCAGGGCUGGGGUUUGUGCAGCCUCGGAUACCGCCAGAUGUUCCGGAGAGAUAUCAGUUUCAAAUUAGAUGAGAAAACAGCCCACAGCAGCUUGGAUUUAUUCAAAAAGAACACUGGGGUCCUCUAUCGCAUGCUGGGGAUUGACCCCACCAGAGUGCCUCAAAACCCUGAACGCUUCAGAGACUGGGCUGUAGUUUUGGGUGACACCACCAUCUCCAGGGGCUGCCAUUAUUGGGAAGUGACUGUGAAACGAUCACAACAGUUCCGCAUCGGGGUGGCAGAUGUGGACAUCUCCCGGGAAGUCUGCAUAGGAAUGGAUGACAAUUCCUGGGUCUUUGCCUAUGGGAAUCGCUGCUGGAAUGCCAUGUUUGCUAAUGAAACCACUCCAAUCACUAACAUUGGCCAAACAGAAAGAGUCGGCCUAUUCUUGGACUAUGAUCGCAAAAGAUUCAGCUUGGUAGAUAUACGACAACAUAUGUUUAUCCACAAUAUGUCACCAGAGUUCCGAGGUUCUGUGGUGCCUGCCUUUGCCCUCUGGGAUGGUGAAUUGCUCACCCACUCAGGUCUGGAUGUACCCGAGAAGCUCAAGCAAAAUUGAAAUCUAUUCAAGAAUAUUGAUCCUGAGAUAUUUUUUUCUGUUUCCUUGCCUUUUGUGAGUGAAAUUUGCCAUCCUUUACUUGCACCAUAUUUAUCUUGCAUUGCUAUUUUGGUUAUGUCAGGAAAGGGUUGCUUAAAAAAUGAGCUUUUUUAAGGCAGCAAUUGUUUAUGUGAUCAGUUGCACCAUUUGAUACUUUACCUCAUAGGCCUCUAGUUCUGUAGGAGUCAGGACAUUCUCUGCUCUCACUGUGUUGCAGAACCAUUCCAGAAAAUGUUCUGCCUCAGGACAGUCAAAGAGUCAGUCAUUACCACAAAGAGUCUUGGGAUAGAUGAUUUUCAAGACUUCUACAAAUUCUGUUCCUAUCAAUGGCCUCCAUCAGGAAAACUCUGGAGUAACCAUUCCAGAAAUUGUUCUGCCUCAGGACCAUCAAAGAGCCAGUCAAAAUCAUUCCCACAAAGAGUAGUUUCCUUGGGGUAGAUGGUUUUCAAGACCUCUACAAAUUCUGUUCCUGUCAAUGGCCUCCUUCAUCCAUUUUGUUAAGAACAAUGAUUUUUAACACAAAGGAUCUAUUGCCUCCUGCUGGUAGGGUCGGAGGACAAAAUUAGCUUGGAACUCAGCAGAUGGUAUCUCAUGACCAGUGAAAACCCAACUCUUCUGAAUUCAUAAACAAUAACGGUGCACAAAUUAAUAUUGUAGGAAUUACUUUAUUAAUACCAGCCCUGGAUUAUCCUGCGUUAGAUUGGUGGAAAGAACAAGAAUCAACCCAAUAUACAUCUGCAGUUACAUAUAUUCAUUGAAAAGGAAUAAUAAAGAAUUUGCUACAGUUUAUUAUAAUCACCAUAAUUAAAAUUAGCUGAAAUCAACAAAUAUUUAAGCGG